AUGAAAAGCAAAUUCCCAAAGGUUUCUGAGAUUGCUGAGAUCCGAUGCAAGAUGACUGCUCCCACCCACCAGCCCACCCACCCACUAAUAAGACAUAAUGCCAUCCUAUUUUUGGUAACAAUUAAAGGGCUCCCGGUGCAAGCAGAAAGCUGUUUAUUUUCUGUUACAUCACUUCGCUUUGCCUUCGAAGGCUGGUCUGUGCUCAGUGUUUUCGUGGUGAUGCAAGUCCGCUCUCUCGAGCAGUUGGAUCCCUCCCAUCUCGCAGCACCUCACAGGUCUCUUCCCCGAGCAUUGCAUCGCUGGAGCGAGGAGCAGCUCACGAAUCAGCUGCAGGUCCCUGUUUUGAAAAGCAGAGAGACAGAGGCAAAGGAAAAGGGUGGACUCUUAUGUGACCUGGUCUUAAAGCAAGACAAUCACCAUCUGAAUUCCAGAAGCCCUGUUCAUGUUUGGGGAUAUUUUUUCGACUGCAUGGAAUCAGAGAGAAGCCAAAGGAUGGGAAAUGCCUGCAACCCCCUGAAAAGAAUUGCUUAUUGCCUGUGUCUCUUAUCUGCGCUUCUGCUGACUGAGGGGAAGAAACCAGCGAAGCCAAAAUGCCCUGCCGUGUGUACUUGUACCAAAGAUAAUGCUUUAUGUGAGAAUGCCAGAUCCAUUCCACGCACCGUUCCUCCUGACGUUAUCUCAUUAUCCUUUGUGAGAUCUGGUUUUACUGAAAUCUCAGAAGGGAGUUUUUUAUUCACACCAUCGCUGCAGCUCUUGUUAUUCACAUCGAACUCAUUUGAUGUGAUCAGUGAUGAUGCUUUUAUUGGUCUCCCACAUCUAGAGUAUUUAUUCAUAGAAAACAACAACAUCAAGUCCAUUUCAAGACAUACUUUCCGGGGACUAAAGUCUUUAAUUCACCUGAGCCUUGCAAACAACAACCUCCAGACUCUCCCAAAAGACAUUUUCAAAGGCCUGGAUUCUUUAACAAAUGUGGACCUGAGAGGUAAUUCAUUUAAUUGUGACUGUAAACUGAAGUGGCUGGUGGAAUGGCUAGGCCACACCAAUGCAACUGUCGAAGACAUCUACUGUGAAGGCCCUCCAGAAUACAAGAAGCGCAAAAUCAAUAGUCUCUCCUCCAAGGAUUUUGAUUGCAUCAUUACAGAGUUUGCAAAGUCUCAAGACCUGCCUUUUCAAUCACUGUCCAUAGACACUUUUUCUUAUAUGAACGAUGAGUAUGUAGUCAUCGCUCAGCCUUUCACUGGAAAGUGCAUUUUCCUUGAAUGGGACCAUGUAGAAAAGACCUUCCGGAAUUAUGACAACAUUACAGGCACGUCCACUGUAGUGUGCAAGCCUAUAGUCAUUGAAACUCAGCUCUAUGUUAUUGUGGCCCAGCUGUUCGGCGGCUCUCACAUCUAUAAGAGAGACAGUUUUGCAAAUAAAUUCAUAAAAAUCCAGGAUAUUGAAAUUCUCAAAAUCCGAAAACCCAAUGACAUUGAAACAUUCAAGAUUGAAAACAACUGGUACUUUGUUGUUGCUGACAGUUCAAAAGCUGGUUUUACUACCAUUUAUAAAUGGAACGGAAAUGGAUUCUACUCCCAUCAGUCUUUACAUGCGUGGUACAGGGAUACUGAUGUGGAAUAUCUAGAAAUAGCCAGAACACCUCAGACACUCAGAACGCCUCAUUUAAUCCUGUCCAGUAGUUCCCAGCGUCCUGUAAUUUAUCAGUGGAACAAAGCAAUACAAUUAUUUACUAACCAAACUGACAUCCCUAACAUGGAAGAUGUAUAUGCCGUUAAGCACUUCUCAGUGAAAGGUGACGUGUACAUUUGCUUGACAAGAUUCAUUGGUGAUUCCAAAGUAAUGAAAUGGGGAGGCUCCUCAUUUCAGGAUAUUCAGAGGAUGCCAUCGCGAGGAUCCAUGGUGUUCCAGCCUCUUCAGAUAAAUAACUAUCAAUACGCAAUUCUUGGAAGUGAUUAUUCCUUUACUCAAGUGUAUAACUGGGAUACAGAGAAAGCCAAAUUUGUAAAAUUUCAGGAAUUGAAUGUUCAGGCACCAAGAUCAUUCACGCAUGUGUCCAUUAAUAAGCGUAAUUUUCUUUUUGCUUCCAGUUUUAAGGGAAACACACAGAUUUACAAACAUGUCAUAGUUGACUUAAGCGCAUGACACACGAAAUUCUGUGGCUGCCAUCAGAAACUUUCUACAGCACAUGAUCCGGAUGAACUAAAUGCAUGAUGACUCUUCUUAUCACACUUGCAAAUGAAUGCCUUUCAAACACUGAGGCUGCUAGAACCAAGCACUACCCGUAUCUCCAUCCUUUCCUGUCCAGUCCAGUGGUGUGGGAAGUUACCUUUUAUAAGUCAAAAUUGAAUUGUGUAACUGUCCUUUGCAGUGAAGAUGUGUAAAUAAGUGUUUAAUGGUAUCUGU